AUGGCAACCUCUCCACCACCCACAGACUCAGCGUCCUCGCCGCGCCUAAGCUCCCAAUCACAAUCCCCCGACCUGCGCAGUCCAGCCUCAUUUGCCGAAUCCUUCGAAAUGGACGAGACAUCUCCCUCGGCCGGCCUCCUCUCCCAAAUGGACGACGCGGAAAAACAAACCCCUGUAGAAGCUCAGAUAGCAAAGAACGACGCACACGAAUACACAAUCACCACAAGGACAAAAAUGCUCUGUCUGAGUCUCUACUUUUUGAUGAAUUUGGGCUUGACAUUGUAUAACAAGGCUGUGUUGGGCAGAUUCAACUUUCCGUGGUUGUUGACGACUUUUCACACCACCUCUGCGGCGCUGGGAUGCUGGACUAUUAUGCUGGUUGCGCCGGAUCAACUGAAAUUGAGUCACGUGGGCAGACAAGAACAGAUGGUGCUGGCAGCGUUUUCGGUGCUGUUUACCGUCAACAUUGCCAUCAGUAAUGUUUCGCUUGCCAUGGUUUCUGUGCCUUUUCAUCAGAUCGUCAGGUCGACUACCCCAGUGGCUACCGUCUUGAUUUACCGCUGGUUGGGACGCAGUUACGGCACCAUGACCUACAUCUCUUUGAUCCCCAUUGUCGCUGGAGUAGGACUAAGCACGUACGGCGAUUACUACGCUACUCUACUGGGUGCUUCUCUCACUUUUCUCGGUGUCUUUUUGGCUGCACUCAAAACCGUGGCCACCAACAAAUUGCUCACUGGCAGUCUCAAACUCCCGGCUCUGGAAUUGCUGCUGCGUAUGUCGCCGUUGGCUGCCGUACAAAGUCUGCUCUGGGCAACUGCAACAGGCGAAGUCUCUGCUUUUCUCAAGUUUACGGCAGAAGGCAAUCUCGGCACCUAUCUCAUUCUCGCAUUGCUGGGAAAUGGGUUCUUGGCUUUCUUGCUCAAUGUCACCAGUUUCCAGACGAACAAGUUGGCUGGUGCGUUGACGUUGAGUGUCUGUGGCAAUGUCAAGCAGAUCUUGACGGUUGUUUUGGGGACUGUGUUGUUUGAUGUUGCCGUGGGCACGAUGAAUGCUGUGGGUAUGAUUGUUGCUUUGGGAGGUGCGGCGUGGUAUAGUAAGGUUGAGUUGGAUGUCAAGAGAGCGGGUGCCAGGUCCUAG